UCUCAGGAACCUGAGAUCACUGCUCAACAGCCACCAUGCGGACCCUCAGCCUGCUCCUGGCCCUCCUCUUCCUGGCUGCCCAGACCCUGGCCCAGCCCAUAGACGAGGGGGCAGAAGAGGUCAUAACCGAGGAACCAGAGAUCACAGAGACCCAGGAUCCAACCACCAUCAUGUUGAUUGAGAGAGGCAUAGAUGGUGACUCUACAGAUCCCAAGCGAGGCACCAUCACCUGUUACUGCAGAUUAUCUUGCUACCUUUGGGAGAAGAGUUCCGGGACUUGCCGUUUAUCAAACCGCACCUACAAGCUUUGCUGCUAAAGGACCUCAUGAGGCGUCUCUCUGAGUUCCCAUCCCCUCUGAAAACUCCACCUUGCUCCUUAUCCUUGACCCUCCGCAAUUGUGUCUCUGACUCAAAUACAGAAUUGCAUCAGA